AUGAAGGAAUCAGGGACGGUGAAGGAAUAUUUUGACAAGCUGCUCAGAAUAGCAAAUCAAGUAAGAUUACUUGGAUAUGAAUUUCCUGAUUCUAGAUUAGUUCAAAAAAUUCUUGUAACUAUUCCUGAGAGGCAUAAGAACAGAGAAGGCGUGAGGUGCAAGGGUGUCAUCGAAGGUGCAUUAGCUGCGAAGGCUAGCUCGAGUUAUGGGGGGAAAGGAAAGAAAGUUGAAAGUUAUAAAAAGGAAAAUUCAGGUUUUGAUUCUCUCAAUACGAAUAUGGGAACAAAAUCUUAUUUCUCUCCAUGUAAACACUGUGGAAGAGAAAACCAUCCACCUUGGAAAAGCAACAAUCAACAAAAGACGGUGACGCAAGAGAAUGUGCAGCAAAAGAAUGUUGCUCAAGUUGCUGAUGAAGAAGAGGAGCAGCUUUUUGUAGCCACUUGCUUUGCAGCCUCUAAUUCAAGUGAGAAGUGGCUAAUUGACAGUGGUUGCACCAAUCAUAUGACAUUUGAUCAUGAUCUCUUCAAGGAAUUGGAUACUUUUGUUGUUUCCAAAGUGAUGAUUGGCAAUGGAGAAAAAAUUACAGUCAAAGGAAAAGGUACAGUGGCAAUUGAAAGUAUUUCAGUUAAAAUGAACGGAAAAAGCUUUGCACUUGAUCCAUUGGAGGAGGAGCAAGCAGCAUUCCCUGCAGCAAAAAUCCAUUCAGAAAUUUGGCACAAGAGGCUUGGACACUUCAAUCAGAAAGCUAUUGUGAAUUUGCAGAGAAUGGAAUUGAAAAAAUGGGAUAAGUUGGAUAAAGGGGCAGAAUCUGGAAUCUUUGUUGGGUACAUCUCAGUCUCUAAAGCUUACAGGAUUUUCCAACCAAACACCAAGAAAAUUUUGAUAAGUAGAGAUGUGCAUUUCAUGGAGAAUGAUGAGUGGGUUUGGGAUAAAAAACAAGGAGUUGAAUUUCCUGUUAGAGGUAUGCGGUCACUUUCUGAUAUUUAUGAAAGAUGCAAUGUUGCAGUGCUUGAACCAAUAGAUUUUUGGGAAGCAGAAAAGGAUCCGAAAUAG